AGGAGAGAAGGGGCACGGGUGAAGGAUGGAAGCUCAGCAGGCAUUAUUGUAGCUUUGGAGAGAAGUCUGGCCGUUGUGGAGUCCUAGACACGUUUCUUCUCCAUCCUUCCUUUCCUAAGUGACUGUCAAAGUACUUCAUGAGAAAAUGUCCCAAGUAAAGACUGGAAUACAACAGCCUUUACAGAUGAAGGGGCCUGAUAAGAAGGGAACAAGUGAGCAGAAAGGUCGGCCUGAGGAAGCAGGGUUCUCCUUCGUAUCCUGCAAUGGGAAAUUCCACACCUUGGUCCAGGAUCAGAUGGAAGAGUUGACCCGCCUACAGCAGAAGGCAAGGAUUGGGAGAGUGGUCUCCUCCCUUCUCUUGCAGCAUGUCAAGAACACAAUGAAGACCUUUGAGGAGCUGCUCAGUAGCAGUAACAUCGACCACAGCACCGAGCAGCACUUCCGGGAGCAGCUGAUCGUGGGAAGCCAGAUGGCGGAGAGCAUUGCCAGCAAAUUCAGCACAGAUGACUGUACAAGUAUGAAGACUCAAGCAAAACAGGAAUCUCUGACUCUCAGUAUCUUAAGGGAGAUACAAAGUAAGCAUGACGUGGUGGAAAUUCCAGAGGCCCAGUGGUAUGCCCAGUCCCAGACUCAGCACCAGAUCCAUACCAGUGGCUCUACCCCUCCACCUGAUGAGCAGGGCAGGCUGUCUGCAGUGACUAGAGCCCAUGUCGGCCCGGCCAUUUCUGCUGAUUCAACUGCUUUGCCCAGCAACCCUUCAGGAGCCAGACCUGCUCAGCCCCUCAGUCCUCAGAGUGGUACUGCCCAGCUGAGCAGCACACCAAGUCCUGGGCACCAGGACUGCAGCAGCCUAGGAGAAGAGAUGAGACCCCAGAAGAUGAACGCUGCUGGGGAUCUAGCCUCCUUUUCUUCCUUGUACCGGCCCAACUCCAAACCCUCAGGGGCUGACCUGCUGGAAAAGAACCUGGUUGAGAUCCAGACCCUGCGCCAGCGCCUGGAGGAGUCGGUCUGCAUGAAUGACCGCCUAAGGGAGAGAUUGGAACAUGCGCUGAGCAAUGCCGAGCAAGGAAAGGGCACUGCAUGGUCAGCCCUGGAUGUUUCACUUGCCAGCCCUCAUCCAUGUACACAGAGUCAUUCUCCUGGCUCUGGUCAAAGCCGCCUGUGACAUGCUACCUGGAGAGUAUAGAAGAAUCUUCUCCAGAAGUUUUCCAGCCCUACUUAACAGCAUUCUUGAAUGUAGACUUGGAGGUCUCAGACAUUACCUUUAUAUGAAUGGAUCAAAUUAAUAAAUUAUCAUUUAA